AUGGAACACCGCAAAAUCGAACUCCAGUCCCCAAGCGAUCUCACCUACCUCACCAACCAGAUCCGCACCGCCGCGCGACAGAAACUCGAUCUCCACCUGCCCCCAGUCCCCUCUACAGAUGAGACCGCAAACGCGCCGGAUGAACUACGACGGAGCGUAGAAGACUUGGUCGAGAUGUUUGUUGCGCAAGUAUUACAAGGAAUGCGGCAAAACAUCAGUAUCAACGGCAUCGACGUCGUCCAGAGCAAUUCAGAAGACGGGGUAGCAAAUGGGGACAGGGACAGGAUGGAUAUCGAUGGGGCAAGUGGUGGAUUGAACAACGGCAGAGGGGCCGAAUCACUAGUAGAAACCGUCGAAUACGAAGCCUUUGACGAUAAACUGCGAACGCAGCUUUCCUCUACGGUGGCUAGACGCGACGCGCUGAUUGCAAAGAUCAGCCAGCAGCGGCGGACGACGCCCAAGGUUGCGGCCGAAGAGUGGAUCAGGAGCUUCGAGGCCGAGAGUAAGACGUGGCGGGAGAUGCAGCAAGCGGCGCAUGAGCGGCAAGGAGGCGACGAUAAUGAUGAUGAUGGAGUAUUGGUUGGUGUGGAUGCGUUGGAGAGGCAGGAAGAGGUGGAGAGGAAUUGGGAGAAGGCGGUGUUGGCGUUGCAGAAGUUGAACAAGGGGUUGCCUGAGACGAGGGCGAGGUUGGAGAGGGCGGGGGAUGUGGUGGGGUACUUGGGGGGUGGGAAGAGCAAGAAAUGA